AGGCCGGGCACCGCGGCCUUCACAUCUUUUUGUCUGAGAAGUGGAUCCCUCUGCUGCUCCACAGUGUGCGCGAUAGCCUCGGAGCUGCGUCCGUACCACACUGUCAAACCACUCCAAAGGCGACCAAAAGCAUUAAUUCAACACCUUCAGCCAUGGCGUUUCUAAUCCGCCGCUUCGCGAAUGACUGAGCGCCGGCGGAGUAUGGGAUCCUUGGUGUCUUAGGAAGCGACUGAAGUGGGCUUUGAGCGUUUUUGCACGCAAAAACAAUGGCAAAUUCGACGGGGAAAAACCUAACAGAUCAGCGAAGGAAAGGACAGGCUUUCCUUGACGAGCUGCGGCAAUUUCACCAAAGCAGAGGGUCGCCGUUCAAGAAGAUCCCUAUCGUGGGUGGGAAGGAGCUGGAUCUGAACGCUCUCUAUGUCCGAGUCGUGGCUUUAGGUGGAUUCGCUAAGGUUUCUGACAAAAACCAGUGGAGUGAACUAGUAGAAGAGUUUAACUUCCCAAGGAGUUGUUCCAACGCUGGGUUUGCUUUAAAACAGUACUACCUUCGAUACUUGGAGAAGUACGAGAAAGUACACCACUUCGGCGAGGAUGACGAGGAAGCACAGCCAGGAAAUCCCAAAGUCUCUCUUCCAGUCGGUGCAAUUCCCUGCUCUUACAACUACCAGCAGCAUGUUGUAUCGGACUAUCUCCGCCAAAGCUAUGGACUAUCUACGGAUUUUGUUCCACCUUGUGACUACAACAAACUGGUGCUGUCUCUGCUUUCGGGCCUACCCAAUGAAGUGGACUUUGCUGUUAAUGUUUGCACAUUGCUGUCCAAUGAGAGCAAGCAUGCCAUGCAGCUGGACAAGGACCCCAAACUCAUCACGUUGCUGCUGGCCCACGCCGGUGUCUUCGACGAUUCAUUAGGCAGCUUCUCUGGGGUAUUUGGGAUGGACUGGAAGGAGAAAACAUCUCGGGACUUUGUCAGGUUUUGGAAAGAGGUUGUUGAGGACGCAGAAGUAAGGGACCUGAUCUGGGACAAGACCAGCCCCCCACAGGACAGUACGUCAUGUGAGGAACGCUGGCAUAGUCUCUUCCACCCACCGCGAAAUCCGGGCAUAAGUGACAUGGAGGCCCAGAGGGUGCUGCAGAUCGCCGUCAUUCUGCGAAAUCUAUCCUUUGAGGAGGCCAACGUCAAGCUGCUGGCGGCCAACCGAACGUGCCUGCGCUUCCUUUUGCUCUGUGCCCACUGUAACCUCAUCUCACUCCGACAGCUUGGACUCGACACGUUGGGCAACGUGGCUGCUGAGCUUCAGCUGGAUCCCGUUGACUUUAGGACGACCCAUCUGAUAUUUCACACAAUCACCAAAUGCUUGAUGUCCAGAGACAGGUUCCUCAAAAUGAGAGCAAUGGAGAUCCUGGGCAACCUCAGCAAAGGAGAUGACAACGGCGUGCUCAUUUGUGAGUAUGUGGAUCAGGACUCGUACCGGGAGGUAAUGAUGCUUCUCACCUUGCCAGACCUCAUGCUCCUCAUGGCCUCCUUGGAGGUGUUGUACCUGUUGGCUCAACUUGGAGAGGUUCCCUGCAGCAAGAUCGCCUCUGUUGACCGCAGCAUAGACUUGUUGGUGCGGUUAGUAUCUGUUGACCUUCACAUGUUUGGACCUGACGCACUCGCAGCUGUGCGGUUAAUAGAACAUCAAGCCAGCGCUGAGCAAGCAGCCGAGGUUCGACCGCAGCUGGUAGAGCAGGUUCCUGCAGCUGUGCAGGGAGCGCCAGCGCCCGCAACACGGGUUCCAGUCCAGCCCACUCAGCCAACACCUGGUAUUGUUGAACUGGAUGGGGAGAAAUUUACAUUGCAGUGGCUAAACGCACAUUUUGAGAUGCAUGCUGAGGACUCAGUGUCUCGAUCAGACGUCUACUCUGAAUACCUAGCCACGUGUAGUAAAAUGGGACGAAGCAACAUCCUAAACUCCACUGGCUUCCUUAAAUGUUUGCGAACUGUGUUUCCCAACCACACAAUGCGGCGGCAAGAGGAGUCUAAAUCCAAUGGCCAAGUCCACAUUCUGCUAGUAGGAAUAAGACGAAGGUCCAUCCCUCUUCCCAUCCAGCUGUAUUAUCAACAGCCUCAGCAGCAGCAGCAACAACAGAAUCCGGCACCACCUCCUACACCUCCAGCAGCACGACAAGAAGCCUCUGGAGAUCCUAAGGUUCCACCUCUAGGUUUACCUCCAGGGCAUCCUUCUUCUGGAUCCCAAGUAGUCCGAGCCCUGGGCCCCAAUCCACCUGUGGUCAGCACUGCGCAAGAACCUUCGCAUUCAGGCAGUCUGACCGUUUCCCGUCACCCAGUGCCACCUCAUAUAACUACAAGUCCUAUGCCAUCAGUGCAGCAGCAACAGAUACGACCUGCUACAUUAGUCCAGUCUCCUGCAUCAGCACCAGCCAUCCACAAUCACAGUUCACAGAACUGUGCUGCAACACCUCCACUUCAGCAACAACAGCAGCAUUCGCCCAUAAUCCCUGCAGGGACACCAGUCACGCUUUUUCAGCAGGUACCACAGGGCCAUAUCCUUACCGCCAGGGUACAAGGUGUAUGCCCUCCCAUCACCCAGCGCCCACCCCUGCCUCAAACACCUCCCUUACCAGGACUUCAUGGUGGGGCCCCCCAGCUCGAACUCCACUGCGGGACUGCAGUAUCUCCAUCAGUACCCUCCUCCGCUGUCCAGGUUGGGGCUGUUGGUGUUGCCGGGGUACCCAAUGCCCAGGGAUCACGUGUUACCUUUCAGAAUAUAGCCCCCAAACCAGCGCCAGUCCAGGCAGGUGGGCCAACACCUGCAAUUGCCACUCCCAACCAGCAGCCUCAGCAGCAACAGAGCGUAGUAAUAGUCAGUCCCAAUCCUCAGCAGAGCACAGCCUACACCCCUACGAUACACCAAAUUGUUCUUGCCAACCCCACUAUUCCUGGUGCCCAGACUAUCCAAAUAGCUGGGCAACCUGGAGUUGUUUCCAGUCCUUGCCCUCCUCCAACCACCAACCUUUCCUCUUACACCAAUGCUCCCAUUGCCCAGGUUCAACCCAGUCAAACUGUUAGCCAAACGCUGUCUGUGAAACGGCAUCAACAGACACAUCAGCAACAACAUCAACAACAGCCUCCGCUGCAAAUAAUUUCACAGUCUCCUCCUCCUCAGCCAGCUUCCACUGAGUCCAGCUUGAUCAAACAGCUACUCCUUCCAAAGCGAGGUCCUACUACACCAGGGGGAAAGCUAAUUCUUCCUGCCCCACAGGUGCCCCCUCCCAACAGCACGAUAUCGCCUGCUUCACAGGUCAUUUACCAGACAGGCUAUAGCACCCAGGUACCUUCUUCUCAGCCUCAGCAGCUCAAUGUCCAGUUAGUUCCUGGCCAGCUUCAAGCCCAAGGAGGUCCUACCCUCCAGACAGUCCACUUGUUGCCAGGCCAGCUCAUUUCCACGAGUAGCACAGGUACAGCCGCAAUCAUACAGGGCCCAACAGCAGGAGGACAGGUAACAUUCACUGUGGUCCCUAAUACUGGUUUUACCACCACAGCUGGUGCCACCAUCAGUCAGGGUGCUAUCGGCCCAGUUGUUCCCACUCAGCAGUUUUCUACUGGAACAGUGUCCCAACAUGCCCAAGCAGCUCCACCACCGCCAGCUCUCUUAAGAGGAGACAAAAUUAUUUGUCAAAAAGAGGAGGAGGCGAAGGAUGCUACGGGGCUGCACAUCCAUGAAAGGAAGAUAGAAGUGAUGGAGAACUCUUCUUUGGCCGAAGGAGACUCUUCUAAUGGCACAACUAGUAAUGGUGAGGUUGCUGCAGGUGCCAAGCUGCUAAAUGGGCAGAAGUGCAUGGAGUCUAAUCUACCUCCAUACCACUCAGGGAAUAGCCAGACUGCACUCAAUGGCCCGGCUACAGACAGUCACUCUGCAAAUGGGAAGCAGGCCGUCACUCCUGGCCUAAACAACCUGCUGGAGGGUAACCCCGACCCCAAAAAGACUCUAGUAAAUGGAGUGUGUGAUUUUGAUCGGGGUGACAGUGGUGGUAACUUUAACAAAAACAUUCCAAAUCACAUUGCUUCCAAACAGUACUUGGGGAAUGGGGAGGUGGGUCCUUCAGAGAAGAGUCAUGGCUCAGACCCACCUCUUCCUAGUCUACCUACUCUCCAGCAGGACACUGCCAAAGCUCAACAGGCUGAGCGCCUAGCCAAUGGACCCCAGGCAAUGGUUACCAGGCCUCCAUUGGAAUUAACAAAUGGACCUUUGGGCCCAGCAAAUGUUGUGCCUGGGUUAAGACAGCAACCGCACCCCAGUCCACAUUUCCCCUCCACUGUUACCUCCCAGAGUCCUGCUGCCUCUCCUGUCAAUGGCACAGCCCCUGAUGCACGAGGCAUGAAGAGGCCAGCUGAAAAUGAGGACCGCAGCACAAUGGCAGUAUCCUCUGGGAUUCCCAGCAAAGUGGGAGUACGAAUCAUCACCAUCAGUGACCCUAACAAUGCCGGCAGUAGUGCCACCAUGGUGGCAGUGCCAGCAGGGACAGACCCAAGCACAGUAGCCAAAGUAGCAAUAGAGAGUGCCACUCAGCAGAGGAACUGCUCCCCAACACAGACAGCUGGUGGAACGCUGACUGUGACCCCGUCCCCACCUCUGGCAUCCCAGCCUGCACCAGCAGGUCACCCCAGCUCCCAGCAUCUCCCAACACAGCAAACCACUGCAGCACCACCUGAGCAAAGCAGGAAAGCAGGGCAGAACUUCAAGUGUCUGUGGCAGUCUUGUAAACGGUGGUUUGAAACGCCGUCUCAGGUGUUUUACCACGCGGCAACGCAGCACGGCGGGAGAGACGUAUAUGGAGGCCAGUGUCAGUGGGAGGGAUGUGAACCUUUUCCUCGGCAGAGACUGUCUUUCAUCACACAUCUACAAGAUAAGCACUGUUCUCGAGAUGCUUUGCUGGCCGGACUAAAAUUGGAAGAGCAGCAAGCACAAAGCCGCAAUCAGACUUCUUCCCAGACUCAGACUGCUGGCAACACGCCGGCAUCUCGACCACCGAGAGCGAUCGUCAAUCAUCCGAGUGCAGCCCUCAUGGCACUACGCAGAGGCUCUCGAAAUCUGGUCUUCAGGGACUUCACUGAUGAGAAGGAGGGACCAGUGACCAAACACAUUCGAUUAACUGCUGCCUUAACGUUAAAAAACAUCGCCAAGCACUCUGACUGUGGUCGAAAGUUGGUGAAGAGGCAUGAGCCACACCUCUCUGUGCUCGCGCUCAGUAACAUGGAGGUUUCCACGACGCUCGCCAAAUGUCUUUAUGAACUGACGCGUUCGCUCCAGGCUUAAAGCCAAAAACAAGACACCCUGUCCGACAACCUCUGCGUCCCUCUCCAGAGAGGGGAAGGUGAGCUGUACCGGGUCCGCAGAGGUAGAGGUCAGGAACGGGAACCAAGACCCUCACUCUGCCACACUUUCCACCUUGUCUCACCUGCAUCUCCUCCCUACCGCCCAACCUGUGUUCAAAACCCAGCCCCACCCCCUUCCAUGCAAAAACUGCCACGGGGUCUUCCACCAGCUGCCCACCAGGGGGGAGCUCUCUAAGACUGCUUCCCUGAGGGACUAAACCGACAAAACCCCAAUCACGAGCACAUUUUUUUUUGUUGUCGUUGUUAUUGUUUUUUUAAUUAUUAUUGUUAUUUCUUUCACAAAUUGUUGUGUGCAUUGAAGUGAGUGGCAGUUGACUGAAGAGAAUGGGCGGGUAGGGGGGUGGGGCUACAGUAGGUGAAAAAUGCCCCACAAGAUUGAGUUGAGAACUUGGCAUGCAACUGGCGCAGAUUUAGUUUUUCUUUAGUAAAGUGGUAGCUUGGUUUUCUUACUUGAGUCAAUAUAUUUUCACUUAUUUAUUAUUAAAUUGAAUAGCAUUACAAUUAAUAAAAAGAAUCUUGUAAAUAUGUUGUGAAUAUAUAUAUAUAUAUAUAAAUAUAUAUAUAUAUAUAAAAAGAAGAUCCUCUUUCGUGCCGCUGCAGCCACUGGAGAACUUGCUCUGUGGAGUAAUAAAAGCAUUACUUUGGUAGGAUUAAAUAAAGUAGUUUUUUUUUUCUUUUUUUUUUCUUUUUUGAUCCCUUGUCACUUGUAUCUGUGAUUCUAUACUCAGCAGUGGAUGAAUGUACUUAUAAAAACUUGUAAAUAAUUCUGCAAAGGUACUGAUGCUGUAAAGCUUAGGGAGGGGAUUUUUUUUUUUUUUUUUUCUCUCCCCCAUGUGGGACUGUGACAUUUUUGUAUUAUAAUACCUUGUAGAACUCAUUUUGCUGGCUGAAAGAGUAUGGAAUAAUAUAUCAUGUCAUUUUGUAGAAAAAAAAAAUAUUGAAGGUAUUUCUGUCCCUUUUCCCUUGCACACCUUCCCCCCUCAACACGCACACAAAAUAACAUAUAUCCACUGUAAGCGUUUUGUCAUGUACGGGCACAGUGCGCGUACCAAAAAAAAAAAGUUUUUUUUUGUUUUGUAUUUGUAAAUUGGUUUAAAUACAUGGAGUUUUUAUACAGGUUUUCUCCUGUGUUCUUUGCUUUACGUGCAGGUAUAUUUUCUUCACUACUUUUUUCUAUCUUGAUAUAGUGUGGAGUUUUAUUGUAAAUUUUUUUUCCCCCCGCUCUCUCCUCCCCAUUCUUAAUACCAUGCCACAUUCCGGCUCGUGUCCUCAGACUGUCCUCUCUUCCGUGUGUUGUGUAACAUUUAGGACUGCCUGUCAUAUUAUCAUCUGACUGGGGCGACCCCCAAGCAUCCUCAUUUCUGCCGUGUCAGUAGGAUGUGUGACUAUACGAGUACAUAGACUUAACAGUCUGUUAGAGAUUUGGCUUUAUUUACUUUGGUGACUGUUUAUAGUUUUUAAAUAAAACACUGAACAUUU